AUGGAUUUAGCAACGAGUCUUACAAAAAAAGUUAGAAAGAGUUCAGUCCCCCAAAACUAGAUUAGCGAAAAGAGUAGUAUUGGUGGAGAAAGAAGCUCCAUCGGAAGUAGUCCCAUUAAAUAUGCUAAGUCUCGUGUUUAAACCUCUAGCUAGAAUAGGAAUGAAGACUUUAAAUUGACAUCCUUACCCUUUCAUUAGUUUCACAAGUAAACCUAUAAUGCUUUCAAAUCACCUUUAAAUGGAAGUUUUCAGGGUUCUACCGCAAAUAGCUAAAAGACCAAUGGGCUAAAUGAUACCAAGCUUGAGAAGGAAUAGCUAGACUAGCUUUAUGAUACUCUUAAUAGGUUUUACUAAUCUGAGAAAUAAAACUAGCAUUUAAAGACUUAAUUGCAAUAGCUAUAGAGUUAGCUCAAAGAAGACUCAAACAUAAAAUAAAAGUUAAGGCAAAAUAAAGAACUUAAAGAAUAUCUUAUAUAGCAAAUAGUUGACAAGCAAUUCAAAAAGAGCAUUAGCAAGCAGCAUGAGAUAGCCAAGGAUCAGUAGUACAAUUCUAAGUUUCAGACAGUUGAUACAAAUUUGGUAAGUGUGUUUCCAAAGAUCACUGAAACUCCGAAACAUCAACAUAAAAGAAUGGUUAAGGAUUAAUAGAAUUAGUAUAACCAAUAAUUAUAAGAACAAAUAAAAAACAAUAAACUGUUCUCUGAUUUGGAAAGAUAGAGGGAGAUUUUUGAGAAUCAUUAAACAAUGAAGCAUGAAAAUAAUUUCCGCAAUAAGAAUGACUAGACAUUGAAUGAUAUGAGAUAUAAGUAUUAAGAGUAGGCAAAAAAAGAGUGGGAAGCUAAUAUGAGAGCUAAAAACAUAAAAAACAAAGUCGAUAUUGAUGUUGAUAAACUAUAAUAUGAGAUUAUUCAUGGCAAAUAUAUGAAUUCACCUAGUAGACUUUCUAAGUAAACCGAGCAAAAUUUUUCACGCAUCGACUAAUCCUAAGCUAUCAGGUCAAAUGAUUUAUAGUUUUACAAAACAAAUUUCAUGAAUGAAUCAAACCAUCAGAAUAUCUUCCAUGACUCAUCUAAUGGUAUAAAUGAUGGAAAUAGAUUCUUGAAUCAUAAUAAGAAAAAUCUCAAUUCUUGUAAUUUUCUAACAUAAGCUGGACCAAUAAAUAACAGAACUCCAAGGACUCUAUAUUAAGAGAAUUUUAUUAAUAGCAGAGGGUUUUACAACAGACAAUCAUUAAAUCAUUCUGUUGAAAGCUUUCAUGAUAUAAUUGAAGUUGAGUCCUCUUAAGAUCAUGAUGAUGAAGGUGAUGAUAUUAAAGGUGGAGUAGAUAAAAUGCAAACUGUUGUUCAAGAAUAGGUUUUCGAGGAAGAUCAACUAACAAACGAUUAGAAUAAUACUAUAAAUGAUUAAACUAUCUAAGAUAACAACGGCAAUGAGGAUCAAGAAAAUGAUAAUUAAGCAAUAGAUUAAAACCUUGAACUUAAAAAGAACAUAAUUGAUGAGUCAGGUUAAGCAUACUCUGGUAUUAAAAAUGAAAGAUCUAGGAUGCCACCUUAGAACAUUAAUAGUCAUUAAUCUGGCAAAUUAUCAAAGAACAAUUUAGACAGGUUCAAUCACACACUUUUUUCAACAAAGUCAAACCACUUUAGAGGGUUGAGUGAAACUGCCUCAACAAUAUCAUCGAAAUUGGUUUAGGAAAAAGUAAAAAAAUUUACUUAGCAAGUGAUCCCACCUUCUCUUGCCUAAUAAGAACUAAAUUUAAAUAAUCUUUAAUUUGAUGCUUUGCAGAGAUUCCUCAAGUAAUUGGAAGAUGAAGCUAUCGACAUAAAAAGAGCUGCUAAAGUUUAAAGACAAAAUAAUAGAGAGUAUGAUAAGAGAGUAGUUGAUGAGGAGAAGCAUAUUCAAAAUGUUAAACAGACUUUUAAGAAAAAUAUUCUACAGCAGAUUAAGCAAAAUUCAAUUCAAAAUAAGGAGAUGAGACAUCUAGAUUUAACAAAGCCUCAUAUUGAAGGUAAUGAGGGCUACCCACCUAGACCAGAACCAACUAGAGAAGAAGCUCACCUACACAAAAAAGUUCAGCAAUAAAUAACUAAGAUAAAUCUAGAAACUUAAAUGAAAGAAAAGGAAUUAAUGAAUAAGACAAUGGGUCAUUUUAAUAAAACUGAGCAGCUUAAAGACAUAUUCGAUACUUAGAAAAAGCUAAAUGAAGAAGCAAUGACUACUAAAAAUAAAUAUCUGAACAGAAAAUAGGAAUUGGAUGAUAUUUGGCAGAAAACUUAGAAGAUAAAAUCAUUAAAGAAAAAGCUGUAGAAUGAACUGGGAAUAUCAUUUAAUGAUGAUAAAAUAAAACAAAUGAUGCAAUACUCCUAUGGAAAUGAAUUCUUUACACCAAAGAGAUCUUAGGCGCUAAGUCUGGAACAAAUGAAAGAGUAAGAAUAUGCCGAUCAGAAGUAAAGACAAGAGAAAGAGAAAAAUAUAACUCGCUAGGUUUAUGAGAUUAAAAAAAGAGCUAAUCUUACAACAGCAGGGUCAUUAAUAAACAGCCAAUACAUAACAAAUAAUGAAAAGAAAAAUUAAGAUAGCGAGACUCAGUCAACUUAGAUGAAAAGUAAGAUGAAUUAGGAAGAGACAUUCUCGAGGAUGUAAAGCAUUCAAAAGAAAAUUGAGUAGCAAAGAGAUAUUUAGUCAAAAUAUCUUAACUAAAGAAAUAAGUCUAUUUCAACAAUAGAAAAGUCUGGACUUGAUUUAAGUAAUCAAGGUCCAUUCACCAAACUUACCCCAUUAAAUACAAGUAAAAUUAUUUGGAACGCAAAGCAGCAUUAAGAUAUCAGAUCGCAGGAUAGAAUUCCUUGGGACGAAAAGUUCAAGUCGCAUAAUCAGAAUUUCAACAGCACUAAGAAUGCAAUGAGAAGCACUAACUAUUAAUGA